AUCGAUAUGAUUGUGACUUUGGGCGGACUUGGAGGACGCUUUGACCAAAUAAUGGCAUCAGUGGAAACGCUUUUUCAUGCAACAAAUAUCACUCCUUUUCCAGUGAUCGUUAUCCAGGAGUGCUCACUGAUUUACCUGCUUCAACCUGGCAAGCACGAGCUUCAUGUGGACACGGGACUGGAAGGUGCCUGGUGCGGCCUCAUCCCCAUUGGGGACCCCUGCGAGAGCGUGACCACGACAGGCCUCAGGUGGAACCUCACUAACCAGGUGCUGAAGUUCGGAACACUCGUCAGUACUUCCAACACCUAUGACAACUCCGGGAUUGUGACCAUCGAGACAGACAAGCCUUUGCUGUGGACAAUGGCCAUCAAAAAAUAA